AUGCCUCCCAAAGGUGGAAUUAAUAAACGAGAGCCCCCGCGGCGUCGCAAGAUUGCCCUGGCUUGCGAGUCUUGUCGAGAUAAAAAGGUCAGGUGCGAUGGUAUCAAGCCAAUUUGUGGCCCUUGCGCUCGACGCUCGUAUACUGUUGACCAAUGUGUUUACAAGCUGGAUAAUGCAAGGUUCGCCAGCAAUGAUGAAUACCUGAAGAUUCUCCAUGAUCGUAUUCGAGAGCUUGAAGCAACAUGCGCGAAAGGCGGGGUUGCUGUGCCACCUGGGCCUUCGCAACAUGGAAACUACCGGGCAUCUGCAAGUCAAAGCCUUGUGGGUGAAGAUAUGGAUCUGGACGUAGAAUCAAGGGCAUCUGUUGCCGCGGAAGGAUUACUAGGACUGGGAUCCACCCCUGUGCCAUCUGGACCAAGUCCUCUGUCUUCUUCAACGCCUACUUUUCAACCGCCAAGAAUCCCCACGCCGAGGAAUCGACCGGAAGCUGAGCGCUAUAGAUCUCCACAUGCGGCACAUCUGUCUCCUGAAUCUGCCCACCCACGAGCAGGCAGCAUAUAUGCUUCGCCGUCUCUCAACUCCCACGGUAAUGUCACCGCCAUGGGUGCAAUAUCUGUCGCAGAAGACGACCCAGGCACAGACUCUCCACAGGAGCAGCAAUACUAUGGGAACUCUUCAGUGGCCUCUUUUAUGCGACUAGCAGGAGAGUCGAUGCCAUUGCAGUCAUAUAUGUCAGCUUUGCGAGGCAACAAGAGUGAAUCGUCAAGAUCCCAGGGCUCUGAUAAGGGGAUUUGGCGAGAUAUAGGCCACCCAUCGGUAGAUCUUCGGUUCGAUGACUUCUCUUUGCCCCCUCGAUCUCUGGCAGACCAUCUUCUUGAGUGUUACUUGGACAGAGUGCAUUGUCUAUUUCCAUUUUUCCAUCGCCCUAGUUUUGAGCAAGCGUAUAAAAAUCUCUGGGAGUCGGAUAAGGCAUCCAAGCCUGAGUUGCCACAGCUCAAUAUUGGACUCGGGGGCGCGUUUGAUUGCGGUCCUAAUUCAAUUGUCUUCCAUUGUGCACUCAAUGCCAUCUUUGCCAUUGGCUGCUAUUUCUCGGAUAUUCCGCCUGCGGAUCGGGAGGCUGCGGUUUAUUCAUUUUUCCUUCGCUCAAAACGAUUUGUGAAUCUUGAUCUUCUGGACAUAAGCACUAUCGGCGUGGUUCAAACGUUUCUGAUCGUUUCACUUCUUCUUCAAAGUACUCCUUAUCCGAAUCGGUGCUGGAAUGCAGUUGGAAUGGCCUGUCGAGCUGGUCAAGGACUCGGAUUACAUGAGACAACCACACAUUCCUCGAACAAGCCUCUGGAAAUAGAAAUACGGCGGCGAACAUGGCAUAGCUGCGUCAUUAUGGAUAUGAUUGUUAGCAUGACACAUGGCAGACCGAGCAUGACCUCUCACAUCUCACCGUUACCUCUGCCUGCAAUGGGAACGGACUCCCAAGAAGCUGAUCCUUGUGAGCUUAGUGGACAGCUCUGCGAUCAUAAGCUGGGAUAUAUGACGUUCCACAUUUCAACUAUUGAAUUAUACAAAAUUCUCGAGUCUAUUCUAUCCGAGGUCUAUAACGCUUGGCAGAGUCGAUCAAAUAGCACUCGCACCAGUUCGCUGCGAAGCUCCAAACUUUGUAGCCUGGAUGUGUUGAUGGAGCUCGACGACAAACUUGCUGCUUAUGAGGCUAGCGUGCCCCAGCCCUUGAAUUGGACAGAUGAACCUUCGUUGCAUCGCUCAGGCAUUGGCAAUGCAUCAACCUUCAAGCGCCAGCAGAAUGUGUUACGUGCGAGAUUCAUUCACCUCCGCCUUCUAUUGUAUCGCCCCAUGUUUACUCAACUCUGCUCCGAUGAGCGAGCAGGCUCAUCACGCCGCUCUGAUGUACAGCUCGGCGAGAAAAAUAUAAUAUACUCCUCAGUCUUCUCGAAAUGUGCCUCCUCAUGCGUCAUGGCAGCCAUAGAUCUGGUCUCACUUGUUCAUGAAACAUAUCGAACAAGCGUAACUGAUGCAUGGUGGUACAAUGGGUUCUACACAUCCACUGCAGGGAUCAUCCUGAUAAUGUCAUACUCCUGCCAUUCAAUCAGAGAGCAGGUCGAUUCAAAAAUCGUGGAUGCGAGUUGGCGCAAGUGCGAAGAGAUCUUAGCUUUUAUGGCCAUGUUCAGUCUCUCUGCACGCAACUCGUUGCAGUUCUUGCAAGUGACGCACCAACAUAUAAUGCAAAACUACUCAGCUACUUGUCGGCCUGGUGUUGCUUCCUCGUUAGUUUCUACUCAGCUGCACCAAAGGGGCAAUCAACAACUGAACCGACUUGAUUUGUCAUCGCAGCCUACUGAGCCGAUAUCAGACGAACACAAUCUCCGUCACGAACCCAAUAACAUGGAAUUCAAUCCUUUUACAUCUUGGGAUGAGAUAAGCUUGGGACAGGAAGACUUUGGAUUCCUUGGGAGACUUGAUUUGCCUGAUCUUGCAGGUUGGUUCACAGAUAUACCGCCUUGA